AGAAGAAGAGGAGAUGAAACUUUCCAUCUCCUGUUCUUCUCAUCCUCCCUAAUUUCUGGGGCUGAUUCGAGCUAAUUCUUGGUCAUCUCAAUCGAUCUGAUGGCUCGCGCUCUCUCCAAUGGAAAGAUCCUCUUCUCCGCCCUCUUCGAUGGCAUUGUUUUGAGCAGCCGGAAAUUCUCUUCGUCGGUGGUGGCAUUUUCUGGAAAAGAGAUGCUGAAGGAGAAGACGGUGCUAAUCACGGAAAUGACUAAAUCGGGAUCGGCGACAGCAGAUGCGGCGUCGGCCCAGAUGAAUUGGAUCCCAGAUCCUGUCACGGGCUAUUAUAGACCGGCAAACCACCUCCGGGACAUUGAUCCAGCCGAGCAGCGCCAAAUGUUUCUCAACAACAAAGAAUAGGUUUAAGCGUUAGGAGACCGCCAGGGACUUGGUGAUUUUUUUCCUCUGCAUGUAAUUGUUGGUUUCAUAUCUUGAAUCAAUUUUGUUAUAAUAAUAGCCAUAUUUUUUUUAAAAAAAAU